ACUCGGCACUGGGCGGCGCUGGCUGGCUCCCUGGCUGCGGCUCCUCAGUCAGCGGCGGCUGCUGCUGCCUGUGGCCCGGGCGGCUGGGAGAAGCGGAGUGUUGGUGAGUGACGCGGCGGAGGUGUAGUUUGACGCGGUGUGUUACGUGGGGGAGAGAAUAAAACUCCAGCGAGAUCCGGGCCGCGAACGAAAGCAGUGACGGAGGAGCUUGUACCACCGGUAACUAAAUGACCAUGGAAUCUGGAGCAGAGAACCAGCAGAGUGGAGAUGCAGCUGUAACAGAAGCUGAAAACCAACAAAUGACAGUUCAAGCCCAGCCACAGAUUGCCACAUUAGCCCAGGUAUCUAUGCCAGCAGCUCAUGCAACAUCAUCUGCUCCCACGGUAACUUUAGUACAGCUGCCCAAUGGUCAGACAGUUCAAGUCCAUGGAGUUAUUCAGGCGGCCCAGCCAUCAGUUAUUCAGUCUCCACAGGUCCAGACAGUUCAGUCUUCCUGUAAGGACUUAAAAAGACUUUUCUCCGGAACUCAGAUUUCUACUAUUGCAGAAAGUGAAGAUUCACAGGAAUCAGUGGAUAGCGUUACUGAUUCCCAGAAACGAAGAGAGAUUCUUUCAAGGAGGCCUUCUUACAGGAAAAUUUUGAAUGACUUAUCUUCUGAUGCACCAGGAGUGCCAAGGAUUGAGGAAGAGAAGUCUGAAGAGGAGACUUCAGCACCUGCCAUCACCACUGUAACAGUGCCAACUCCAAUUUACCAAACUAGCAGUGGACAGUAUAUUGCCAUUACCCAGGGAGGAGCAAUACAACUGGCUAACAAUGGCACCGAUGGGGUACAGGGCCUGCAGACAUUAACCAUGACCAAUGCAGCCGCCACUCAGCCGGGUACUACCAUUCUCCAGUAUGCACAGACCACUGAUGGACAGCAGAUCCUAGUGCCCAGCAACCAAGUUGUUGUUCAAGCUGCCUCUGGAGAUGUGCAAACAUAUCAGAUUCGCACAGCACCCACUAGCACGAUUGCCCCUGGAGUUGUUAUGGCAUCCUCCCCAGCACUUCCUACGCAGCCUGCUGAAGAAGCAGCACGAAAGAGAGAGGUUCGUCUGAUGAAGAACAGGGAAGCAGCACGAGAGUGUCGUAGGAAGAAGAAGGAGUAUGUGAAAUGUUUAGAAAACAGAGUGGCAGUGCUGGAAAACCAAAACAAGACACUGAUUGAGGAGCUAAAAGCACUUAAGGACCUUUACUGCCACAAAUCAGAUUGAUUUGGGAUUUAUUUUCACCACUUAAGGUGGAAAAAAGGACUGGCUUGGCCACUACCAGAAAGACAAAAAUAAACAUUUUAUUUUCUAAACAUUUCUUUUUUUCUAUGCGCAAAACUGCCUGAAAGCAACCACAGAAUGUCGUUCGUUUGUGCUUCUGCAUUAAACUGUGAACGUUUCAACACCUGCCUCUACUCCCCCUCAAGAAAUUCCAGCACCAAGAAUCAGGAAGAGACUUCUGCUUUUCAGCCCCCACCCUCCUCAAGAAGUAAUCAUUUGUUUACUUGCAAUUGAUGGGGGUAAAUGAGGAAAAGAAAAUCUUUUUUUAAAAUGAUUUCAAGGUUUGUGCUGAGCUCGAUUGCCUUAGGGACAGAAUUAUCCAGCCCCUUAAGCUGAAGUAAUGCGUGGGCCGCAUGCCUAAAGUAAGUAAGGUGCAAUGAAGAAGUGUUGAUUGCCAGUUGACGUGUUUUUCACAUUUUCAUUGUGAAUUAUGGAAAAUUGUUAAGAAAAAUGGCCUCUAAAAAAGAAUUUUAGUAUGGUGUUGAAGAAAUUAGAAAUGAAUUUGGAGUGUUUUCUGUGUACAUUCUCUUCCUCGCUACUGAAAACUUGUCAUUGGUCCUUAAAAAUAUUCUGUACUAACUACAGCUCUUCCAUAGGUCAGUUGUUGCUUCUUAAUUCAAUUCUGUAUGUGUUCACCAUUUUGAAUACAUUAAAAGAAGUAGCCAACUGAACGCACAAGCAUGAUUAUUUGAAUUUUAAAUUAAAUCGAAGGACAUAAAAGUAUAAAGCUUUUUGUUUUAGUUAGUACUAAAUUCUUAAUAAAAAGAUGCUCAUUAGUAAACCAACCCCUUGAGUAAUAUAACAAGGUUUUUAAAUAAAUGCUUUUGUCCUCACCUUCAAAAAUAUUUAUAUUGUCACUUAUUUACUUAAGAAGACAUUUCUAAUUAUACUGUUCCCCUUUGCACUUACAUUGUACCACCACCAGGAAAGCCUUCAAGAUGUUAAAUAAAGCCAAGUGAUACAUUUGUUUAUGAAAUGUUAUGGGCUGUAGAAAAAAUACUGAUUUUAAAUCUUUCCCACGUAUCUCAAGUGAAUUUUUUUAAUGAAAAAAUCACAAGGAAUUCUAAAAAGUACAGUGUUAGAUACGCACAAGGAAAGUAAUUUUCUUCAGGCAUAUGUAAUGGAUUCUAUACUGUAACAUUUGCAUUGUCAAUCACAUAAAACUUUGUUUUCCCCUAGAAAGAGUAGUUUUGCUUUAGCUCUCUGUUAUGCUAUAUAACCUUUGUCAUCAUUACCUAUUUUAACUCCUGACUAUAACAGUCUGUAUCUGUGUGAAUCAUAUAUUGUUUCCAAUGCCAUAAUUAUUAAGUACCCAUUUUAUUCACUAAGACUGAUAAAUCUAAAAGUUAUCCUUUAAAAGGAAAAUACUAAGAUUUAAAAAAUUGGAGACUGACAAUGUUUGAUUAUAAUAUCUCAUUUGAGAACAGAAUUCCUUUAGAGAGUCAAGAAAUGUCGAAAAUUAAUGUUUUAUAUUGAGUUCUGGGUUUAAAGUUUAAAAGUUAACAUGGUAACAAGAUAUACAGAUAGGAGUAUUAAUUAUUGGGUCCGUUUUGAAAAGUAAGACUUUUAAUAUUUAUAAAUGAUAUAUUUUUGUUUAUAACAAACCAUUGUCUUUUUUCAAGGAUGAACAAAGUUUAUGAAGGAGCAUCAUUCUAAGAAUUAAGUGAUAUAGUCUUUAUAUUUGGACAAUUCACCAGAUUCCCAAGAAGGCUUUCAAACAACUGUAAAGUUUGAUGUUUAUCCUGCUGAGCUAAUGGGGAAAGUUACAGAACAAAAAUUGUUUGUAUACCAGCAUAGGUAUCAAGUGAAAUCACUGAUCUGUUCACAAGCUAGAAUUCUCUCUUACUGAGUCAAAAUGCCAAAUUGAACAAAUGUCAUGAGCAUUACAAAUGAAAAUUGCCUGGUGUUUAGCAAGUUUUACUAAGUUUUUCAAAAAAUGAGGCUUUCUAUUUAAUUAAAAAAUGAGUUGGCGGUCUUCUUAAUCCCUGAUAAAUCAAGGCCAUUACAUUCAUGACUAGCUGAUUGGAUUUACUGGUUUUAAUGACCUGGUCCUUUAUAUCUUUAGGAUAAUUGCAUUUGAUGUCAGUUAAUGGUGAGGUGAGAAAUGUCUUUUGCUAAGCCUGUUUUAGACCGUUGAAUAGACUUGAAGAUUUCAGUUUAUACAAGUAGAAAUCAAGCAUCUUUUGUGCAGACUUUUUUUAAAAAAGAGAAUUGGGAAAAAGGUGUUUUUUAAGCAUGGAACUUUGAGAAGCUUUAUUAAGAAAAUUACAUAAAAAAAAAAAAUCUUAUAGCCAAGCAGAUAUGUGGCCACAUUACCAGUAAUAAAUGUUUUUCUCUUCAUAUUGGCCAAAAGGGAAUGGAAAUGUCAUUACAGGAAUCUGUAUAUAUGCUACUGAUUUGCUCUAGAAAAUAGCAAGUUUGGUAUCACUCACUUUACAAAUAUAGGGCCAUGUGACACUUUUAUCUAUAGAACAGACUAACUCUAAUAAAAAUGAAGUGGGGAGGGGUUUAUUUUUGAUAUAUUACUCUGAGUUUUCAAGCUUUGAUAGUGUUCAACUGAAAAGUGGUUUUAGAAAGGGCUAGAUCCUAUGUGUUCAUAUUAUUAAAAAAUUGAUACCAGAUACAUUUUAAGUUUUUCAAAUUCAAGUACCAUAUUGGCAACCAUAAUAUUGUCAUAGGUGCUCUUUUCAUUUAGAUACUCUUGGGGAAAAUGCCAUUUGUAUAAUGUGUACAUAUAUAUAUAUAUUUACACAGUAUAUAAUCUGGAGCUCUAAGAGCUCAUAAGUCAGGAAUGCUGAGUAUUAUAGUAUAUUGAGGUCAGAUGAAAUUUUACAUUUUUGUGUGUUUUACUGCAUCCCUUUUAGCAGUUUCUUGGACUGCGUUACUCCAGCACUCAUGAUUAUCUUCUAGUUUCCUUCCAAGCUUUUUUUUGUUGUUGUUGUUGUUUUCUUUGGCUUGAUACUUUUAAAUAUGUUACUAGUCACUUGAAAACUUCCCCCUAAAGUAUUCGGUUUUUAUGCUUUGUCUUUGGCAGCUAUAACAGUGGUGAGAACAUUUUGAAGAUAGCAUUUAAAAGAAACCACUGAUUUUUCGAAAAUCAUCCUGGGGGAGGGAUUUUGGUGUUUAAUUUGAGCAGGGAUUUUGUCCGAAAAUGUGUUUUGAUGGUAGGUCAGCAGCAGUGCUAGUAUCUGAAAGCACAAUACCAGUCAGACAGGCUGUCCCAUCAGAAGUCAUCUGGCUGAAGUUCAUCUCUGUCUCUCAGGCCUAAUCCCUACUGUCAUUUUGGGAUGAUACAUGGAAUCAUACAAAGGCUUAGGAAGGAACAAGUUUGUUUAAACCAGGAUGCUUUACUUAGCUUGAAGUGAUUUCUAUUUAGAUUUCUUCUUUUUGUGUUUAAUGUGUUUCUAGUUCUGUGAUCAGCUACAGUCAACUAUUGGAAUGAAUUGGUCUCUCGUUUAUUUUGAAGAUCAAAAGCCUGCUUCAUUUUGCAGGAUUAAAUAAGGUUAAUUAUCUUUAAGUUAGGAUUUCUAAUUAAAGUGGGUUUUAGAAACUGGUUACACACCUUCACCUUUUCAGUUAUUUUCAAGAGGCUUUAUUUCCUUUAUAGCCCUGAAAACUGUUGGUAUAUUGUUUCCCAUUGACCUAAUACAAUUGUAUAUUUAUUAGGAUUAUAUUUACAUUAUAUUCUUUGUAAAUGUUUGGUGUAACUUGCACUUUUAAAAAUGACCCAGUUUGGGUAUUAGCAACUUGAGAAAUUCCCUCAUUAAUUGUCAGCUGACUUUGUGUCUUUCUCCUCUCUUCAAAUCAUGUAACCUUUUUAAUCUUUUCAUUGAUUAAAAUAUUUUAGCAUCUAAAGGCUGGCCUUAAAAAUAGUUGUAAAAAAAAAUUAGAUUUGAAUAACCCAAUUAAUUAAAAGGUGGACUUGAACCCUAUUUUAUUCUUUUUCAUCAUGGAUAGAGGGAAAAGUAACUCAAAUGAAUAAUAUUUAUUUCCAAUUUUAAAUGAGACUUUAGUUCUCACCCCAACAUUAAUACUAUCUACCUGUUGCUGUCGAGUUGAUUCUGAAUCAUAGCUAGCCUGUAGGAUACCAAGAUACUCAUGAAUUGUCCACAACAGUAAAAUAUUUUUUAAAGCAAUUAUUGUCAUCAUGGCAACCACAUGUAAUAAUUAUUUGACAAAGUUUCUUUUGUUUUAAAUUGGCUUUGUUAACCUCAAAGAAGUGCUGCCUAAAUUAAACAGAUUUCACAUGAAGGGCAAAGUGAAGUGUGCUUAGUAAUAAGCCUGCAGUGAAGAAUUGUGGGAUAAAUUUGUUCACUCAGUUGGACAAAGCACAACUAGAACUUUCGUUGGGUGGCUUGGCUAUAUCUUCAAUACUAUUAAUGUUGACUUUUAAAAACUGACUGCACAGUCACUAUAUGUACUAGGAACUGGUUUCCUUGACUUACUAGAAUCAUGGCUAGGAGAGGCACUAAUCCUUGAGGGGUCUGAACAUAUCAUGAAGCUGAGCCAGUAUGGAAGAAAAAUUUCAAAUAAAUCAAACAGGGUGCUGAAGUUCCAUCUGUCUCAUCUGCUUGUGAUAAGUUCUUAUUGAUUAGUGAAUGUAGCUUAAGCCUUUGUAUGUGUCCUCAGGGGGCAGACAGACUUUAAGAGGGACCAGAUAAUGUUUGAAUGGAGGGAUUAUAUUUCAGGUGUUUUAGCUUGAAAUUUAUUUUUUAAAAAAAAAGAAAAAAAUAAUAAUAAAAAAAUAGAACAAAGCCUGUGAAGCAAGUUGAUAUUAUAAACAGGCAGAGUUGUUUAGCACAGAGAGAAGAUAUUGACCUGUCUGCAUUCUGGUACUGUGGGUGCAGGUCCUAGCUGGGGUGUAACAUGAUACAUGUUGAAUUAUUCUCACCAGCAAGUAAAAGGAAAAUGAACAAUCCUCAGGAAAUGUCUUUGAAAAAGGUCAAACAGUAGGAGAUUCAAAUUUUACCUACUUUACACAGGUAUUAUUUAAUACUUGUUAUAGAACUAUGGCAUUUCCAAGCUUCUGCCCAACUGAGGAGCAUCUCAGAGAUGUGAGAGUAAAUCUGAGAUAGUUCAAAAAUUGAUAGGGAAGGAGGAAAAUCCCUGAAGUUAAUGAUCUUAUAUGUUCGUUGGCCAAGUGAAAUGAUCAAUCGUUGUGUUCGGAAGGUUUUAUUUUCUUAUGUUUUUCAAAUUGAAUUGGUAAAUGCUUUAUAGAUGUAUUUUUAUCCAGGUGCCACUCCAACUUGUGUAUGUAAAAAAAUUAUAUUAAAAGUGGGAAAUAAUUUGUCAACAUUUUUCUGAGUAUAGAUUUAUUAGGGGUGGCAAAGAAGAGUGCUAGUCAGCAGUUUUCCAUGUAAAGUUGUCCCUGACUGAUUUGUCCACAUGUCAGUUGUCAUCCCCCACCAAAGGAAUUAUUUCUAACCCAGUUGUAUCACUUAAAACUUUUUAGAAACAAAAUAAUCAGGGAAGUUUCUAGAGAGAAAGGUGUUUGGUUUUCGGGUUUUUCCUUGAGGAUUGGGGUAAAGAAUACCUCUCCCCAAAACUGUCAGCACAAAACAGGGUAUUGAUUUUAACUCUGAUGUUUCUAUUGGAGUUGAAUAAUAAAAAACUAUAAUGAGGGAAAUACAUUUCUAAUAAAAUUCCCUACAUUCUAGAAACAUCCCUGUUUUAAUUUUUUUAUCUAAACCCUUUUGUGCUUUAUCUGUGUAAAAAGAAAAGAUGUACUGAGUUCCAAAAUGCAUUUUAUUAACACUAUGUACAUAUUAGCUGCUUUGUGUUCAGAAUGGUAGCAAUUGCUUUGUAUAUUAAAGUGAUUCUUGUGAAUUUGUGAAAUAUUGUCAUAAAGUGCUUUUUUCUUACUGUAAUCUUUGUGGUAUCAACUGUCAUAAUACCCUUUUUACACAAACAUUUAUGUGCAGUCACAUAAACAUGCUUUUAAAAACUU